CUCGCCAUUGGCCGGGACGGGAAGGGGAGGGUCUGAUUCUCUAAACAAACUUUUCCGUGGGACUGCCUGCUUCCCUUCCCACUUCAGUGCUGUGUCUGGAGCAGUGGACAAAAGGCCUUUGAGGGACUCCCCACGUAGUUAUACCUGAAAACAAGGCCCAACCUCAACCGCCGCCAUGUCGAGCAAACGCGCCAAGGGAAAGACGACGAAGAAGCGCCCCCAGAGGGCCACUUCCAACGUAUUUGCCAUGUUCGACCAGUCUCAGAUUCAAGAGUUCAAGGAAGCCUUCAACAUGAUUGACCAGAACAGGGACGGCUUCAUCGACAAGGAGGAUCUGCACGACAUGCUGGCUUCUCUGGGUAAAAACCCAUCUGAUGACUACCUGGAGGGCAUGAUGAGCGAAGCGCCGGGACCCAUCAACUUCACCAUGUUUCUCACCAUGUUUGGAGAGAGGCUCAACGGCACCGACCCAGAGGACGUCAUCCGCAACGCCUUUGCCUGUUUUGACGAGGAAGGGUCUGGUGUGAUCCACGAAGACCAUCUGAGGGAGCUGCUGACCACCAUGGGGGACCGCUUCACAGACGAAGAUGUGGACGAGCUCUUCCGCGAAGCGCCCAUUGACAAGAAGGGCAACUUCAACUACGCCGAGUUCACCCGCAUCCUCAAACACGGCGCCAAAGAAAAGGAUGAUGAGUAGAAGAGAAAUGGGAGGCGGGCACUCACCUGCCUCUGCACACACGCCCCCACCCAGCCGAUUAUACGUCCUACUUUUAUGAAGUAAUAGAUGCUUGUGAUAUAUUUGCGAAGGUUACCAUGAAGAAGCAUUGCAUCUUAGCAAGUGAGCUUUGAGAUGCUAUUAACUCCACAAUGUGUGCACGCAGAUUGGGCAAUCAGAUGUAAAAUACCAGAAAUGUUGACCUCUUCCUGCCAUUUAGCUAGCACGCUUGCAAAAAGCAUUGCAAGUUUCCUCCGUAUUUGGUUUAUCUAUCGUGAAGUUUAAAUAGAUCGCGAAGUAGUUUGCUUCUAUUGUCUUUGACUGAAAUGCCCUUGAUAGGAAAUUCCCCUCCUCUGUCGUAUGACAAUCGAAUGUGGGCUUGAUGAGGCGUGAUUUCAAGAGUUUGUGGUCAAAACUCAAAUUUUACCAACUGGUUGUGUGUAUUUGGUCAGGAUCUGUCAUGUGUGCUGUGAAAUCACGGGGUGUAAAAUGCUCAGGUGAAUAAAGUAGGUUUAUCCGUGCCCUUUGA